UGCGCAGGCAGUAAUUGGAGUAAGAGAGAAAGUCAAUUAAAGUGAAAGAGACAGUAAAUUCAAAUUUGUAUUGCUGCCUACUAGCUGUGAGUGCGCCUUAAACUAUACUCCUACACCGAGCAAGAUCGCUCUCGGAGCAGAUAACCGAAUUCGCUAUAAUAAUUUACCAAAAAAUUAACAAAAAGAAAUAAUUUUUAACAAUAAAUUAAAAUUUUACUUUUAAUUAAUUUCUUAGAAAAGUUAUUUUUAAUGUCUAUUUACUAUGAUUUGUAUUUAUUUUAUUACCUUUAUAAUUACAUAACCGGUGUUCGCUUACGAAAAGUAACAUAACCUCCAAAUCACGUGUAUGUUUAUAUCAAAUAAAUUAUAAAUUAUUAAAAAUAUAAUUCAGUUUUUUAAAAGUUUUGUAAAAAAAUGAAUGAUCCUUUAAAAACAAACGAAUUUAGUGAAGAAAGUAAAACUUCUAUUGAUAAUAAUGAAUUCAGUGAUAACAGUUUUAAUCAGAGGGAUAAUAAUGUGAAUAUGAAAGAAUUGAAUAAUGAAAAUGAAAAACAAGAAGAAAAUAAAGUGAAUAUAGAGGAAGAUAAAGAUAAUUACAGAAAAUCUGAUGAAUGGAUGAUUAGACCUUGUCACAUGUAUAAAGAAGAAUACGGUGAUUGCACGGGUAUAAAAGACCGUUUCCAACAAUAUUUCGUUUUUGGUGAAUUAACCGAUUGUUCACAAUGGAAAACUGAUUAUCAAAAUUGUGAAAAAUGGAAUAAAAAAAAGGACACCCAAGCUUUUGAUGAAUUAGUUAAAAGUGAAACAACAAGAAGAAUGAAUAGAUUAAAGGCUCAUUAUGCAAAUAAUGUUUGGAAAAGGAGAGAUAAACCGCCGGAAGAUUGGGCCAAACCACUGCCAGAAUGGUUACAAAAAAGAAACGAAAACAGUUAUUUAGAACUUAAAAGUCAGCAAAUAAAAUCGGGAAAUUACAGUGAUUUUGAAACACGAAUCCCUUGGUGUUCUAUUUUAUAGUAAAA